ACGGAUCAUGCGCCGAGCCGUCGAUGGGUUUUUAUUUUGAGUGGGCGAGUCUUCAGACUGAAAACGGUUAGGUCGAGGCGGGUCGUUGGUGAGCGGUGGGCCCGACCGAAGGAACUGGGAGAUUUAGUGAACAUCUUGUAUAAACUGCAAAGGAAAUGAUCGUUUCCCGAUUUGCACGGAACUAAGACGACCUACGAACUGGAGGCUUUCGCCCAAACGAUAUCACAUGGACAUUUGCGGGCACGAAACCGAAACCAAACAUCACCUGACAGAAUCACUUGGUGAAUAUAGUCGGCCUUUGAAAGAUUUUGAACAUGGAAGGAACAAGCACCAAUCACAAUGGAGAGAAGCACACAUCAUGCGUGUUGAGAGCAACCUGUGAAGGCAAGAGACAGCGGAAGUGUGGAGAUUGUGGGAAGGGAUUUUUUUAUCCGUCCCGGCUAGAAAUUCACCAACGUGGUCACCGUGGGGAGAAGCCGUUCACCUGCUCUGAUUGUGGAAAGGGAGUCACUCAGUCGUCCGACCUGCUGAGACACCAGCGGGUUCACAUUGGGGAGAGGCCAUUCACUUGCUCUGAGUGUGGGAAAGGAUUCACUCUGUCGUCCAGACUGCUGAGCCACCUGCGAGUUCACAGUGACGAGAGACCGUUUGCCUGCUCUGAGUGUGGCAAAGGAUUCACUCGCUCAUCUAAGCUGCUGGAACACCAGCGAGUUCACACUGGGGAGAACCCAUUUACCUGUUUCGUGUGUGGAAAGGGAUUCACUGUGUCAUCCAAACUGCUGAGACACCAGCAAGUUCACACUCGGGAGAGACCAUUCACUUGCUCCGAGUGUGGUAAAGGCUUUGCUGAGUCAUCCUGUCUGUUGGCACACCAGUGGGUUCACACUGGGGAGAAACUAUUCAACUGCACCCAGUGUGGGAGGGAUUCAUUUGGUUGUCAGGCCUGUUGAGACACCAGAAACUUCACACUGGGGAGAGACCGUUCAUCUCUGAGCGUGGGCAGGGAUUCCUUCGCUCAUCUAAGCUGCUGGAUCACCAGCAAGUUCACACUAGCUAAAAACCUUUCACCUGCUCUGUGUAUGGAAAAUGGUUUUGCUGUUUUGUUGAAGGUGGUAACACACCGGCAAGUUUACACUGGGCAGAAACUAUUCAUCCGCUGAUUUGUGAGAAAGGGUUCACUCAGUCAACCGAGGUAGGCUGACGCACCAGCGAGUUCACGCUGGGAAGAAACCAUUUGAUGCUCAUUGUGUGGGAAGGGAUUUAUUCUGCCAUCUAAGCUGUUCACAAAGGACCACAGUUGAAGAAUUUUGCUCUUAUUCAUGCAAAAGAUUGAAUCACGGUCAUUGAGCUGUUUGUACUGCUGUUAUUAAACCCUGCUUUAUUAAAGCAUUGUGAUGAAAAUGUUCAUACAAAUCCCAUCUGUAGGGCAGCUUUUGCAAAAUAUCCCAGUUCACUGUAAAUCAACACUUUCACACGGGGCAGAGCCUAUCCAUUUUGUCCAAAUAUAUUUUCUGGUUCAUCAGAGUUGAAUAAACACAAGUGCUAUGGACCAGACAGAAUCCCCUGAAACAUGUUAAGGAGUUAGCCUAGACCCUAACUUUUAUUUCAUUUCAAGGCAACUGUAAGGUACGGUAUUCCAAAAUUGAUUUGAUUUGUCAACUUAUGAGGCUUUAAGCAAAAUACAUUGUAUUGUUACUGUGGUGUAAGAAUAGAAACUAAAACAGAAGAAUUGGCAUAAUUUCAACUCUAUCAAAAUACUUUAUAAAAUAAUAUAUUACUUAACCAUUCAUCAUCUAUUUUUCCAAUAUAGCAGCAUUCCAUAAACACAGC